GUCAAAGAAUAUUAUAAUCAAUUGACAAUCAUCCCCAUGACUUUACUCCAUUUAAAUAUUACCUGGACUGGUUGUUAUUGUGUUACCCCUUUUCUCAUGACAUUUGACACGAGCAAACAUGUAUCAAUUUGAAACUAUACUACGUGCAAGAAAUCAUGAACAUUGUAAAAUAAUACAUAAUUAUGUUUGAUUCUAAUUCCAUUUCUUAACAUGAAUAACUCUUUGCUUUCCCACUUUACAAAAAAGAAAAAUUGGCUCAUUCACAGCACACCCUUGGACCCAAUCCAUACAAAUUAUAAAUUGUAAAUAGAGAAAUCAAUUUCUUCUCACACAAAAUACCAAACUAUAUAAAUUUGUCUAAGGAAGGGGAAACCUUGAAACAUUUUUUUCUCUUUCCUAUAAAGAAUCUACUGGUGUAUUAUGGAUGGAGCUGACUGUAACAGGCACUUUAUCAAGCUACACUUUCAUGAGAGGGAUCCAGUGGCUGAUAAAUUUAUUGUACCCAAUAUACACACUGGAAUGCCAAUGGUUUUAAUCAUGGAUCCCAAGGUAGACAUUGCAUGAUUGUAAGAUCAGUGUAGGCAUGUAUAACAUUGAUUGUUUUAUUAUCAGACAUUAUGAAAAAAGAAAGUAUGGCUGUAAGCACUUAACACAAGAUGAAAAACAAGUAAUCAAAUUUCAAUUGAUUAGUUCUUGUAUUUAACAAAAGAAACAACAAAAGGUUAACAGAUUGAAACUUGUACUGAUGGCAGUAAAUUAAAAAUGCUCUUUAUAAUAUAAAUGUUUGUUUCAUGUUCAUUCAGCACAACAUAAAGAAAAUCCGAAACAACAUUAGAAAAAGUAACAAGAGUGGCAAGCCAUGUUGCCUAAAGAUAAAAGGGAAAAAUGUGACUUGGCAGCAGUUUCAAGAUGCAUUUAACUGGGACCAGAAGACAUGCAGCCUUCCACUGCAUGAAACACAACACAACACUUUGAGUUGGAUCCGGCUGCCAAAACGAGAAACCAUUUGGCUGAGGAUGUUCUGAAUCAUAAGAUGCUAUUUCUCAUGCAGAAGUAUCAAGAGGAGAUGAAUGAAAAAGGUGAGGCUGGCUUUGAGAUUGAAGGUGUCAUCUCAAUACUGUCCCACACGGCAAACCUCGCAGAAUUGUUCAAUGAUAAACUGGUCAUUUCAUCUGCAUCAGAUCCUCGAUUAGGAGAACAAGACCAAUUUUAUAAAUUUAUGACCGACUGGAGGGAGGAAAGCUUGGGCAACAACAGCCAAUUCGUAUCAACCAAACUCUGGUUCGACUUGCAGUCCAUGUGUUUAGGAUUUAGAUCUAUGGUGGCAAUAAAGUUGACUCAAUUUCCCAAUUCAGUAAUUAAGCCUGCACUGAUAAACCAGGAUGGGGUUGAAAAUCACUUUUGUCAAGUGCAUUCUUGCAAUGGGCAGAACAACAACCCCACUUAUCUUCAACAAGAAUCUGCACAAAACUCAAUAAGAUUUAGUCAAACAACAAUAAGCCACAAAAGUAAUGUUGGAAAACCAAUUGAUAGCCCUUUUUCAUCUUGCUCACUACCAACAGGCAAAGUACUAGACAUUUCUAGAGUGUAGUAACACUAACAAGAUGAGCAUCUGUAAAAUAAUCAGUAUUCUGGAAUCAUAAAAAAACAUUUUAUGUGGCUAUUCUGGAUCUUGGAACAUAAUAUUAGACAAUGGUCAUGGCCAAUA